AUGACCGCAGAGUUGUACGAGGACCACCACGGCAGGCGCGACAGCUACUGCAAGGUGAGGCCGUUGGAGGCCUACGUGCUGCCCUACCAUAACGACUCCUCAACGACGUGCCAGUCCUCCUACUCGCAGCCGCAGCCGCCCCAAGAAGCGCCGCCUUCGUCCGCGCCCGCGCCCCCAGGGCUGCCGCCUCAGUACAAUGCCACCACGGGCGGCGGCAACGCGUCGUCGCCCGAGGUGGCCUUCGUUGGCCUCGACGAAUUCCGCAGCCGCAUCAUGCAGGGCAAGGCGGAGAACGACACCGGCCGGCCCCGGCCCACGGACGGUGGUGCCGCGCACCGCCUGGAGCCCAACGGCGCCGAGUACAACUACGCCGCGGCGUCCAAGGGCGCCAAGGUGCUCGCGCACAACAAGGAGGCCAAGGGCGCCUCCAACAUCCUCGGCGGCGACAAGGACAAGUACCUGCGCAACCCGUGCUCUGCCGACGACAAGUUCGUCGUCGUCGAGCUCUCGGAGGAGACUCUCGUCGACACCGUCGCGCUGGCCAACCUGGAGCACUACUCCUCCAACUUCAGGGACUUCGAGGUGUACGGCAGCAUGAGCUACCCGACGGAGGCGUGGGAGCUGCUGGGACGGUUCACCGCCGAGAACGCCAAGCACGCGCAGCGCUUCGUGCUGCCGGACCCCAGGUGGACGCGCUACCUCCGCCUGCGCCUCGUCAGCCACUACGGCUCCGGAUUCUACUGCAUCCUCAGUUACCUCGAGAUCUACGGCGUCGACGCCGUCGAGCGGAUGCUGCAGGACUUCAUCGCUGGCGCCGGCGCCGGUGCCGAGGCCGACGCAUCCAGCAGGGACCGCGCCUCCAUCGACUUGGCCAGCCGGGACGCCGACGGCAACGACACCACCGCUCAGCAGGCGCGCCAGGUCCACGCCAAGCUGGAUGGCAACGGCGGCGCUGGGACUGGGAGGAACGACACCAGCAGCACCGCCGGCGACGCCAAGAACAACGGCUCCAGGAGCGGCGACGCGAAGCUGCCGCCGCAGGGAAAGGAGGCCAAGCCCCCGCAGGUGGCGGCGCCGGGGUCGUCGACGGGGCGGAUCCACAGCGACGGCGUGCUAAAGAUCCUGAUGCAAAAGAUGCGGUCGCUGGAGCUGAGCCUGUCGACGCUGGAGGAGUACACGAGGGAGCUGAACCAGCGGUACGGCGCCAAGCUGCCGGACCUGCAGAACGGGCUCUCGCAGACGGCCAUGGCGCUGGAGAAGAUGAAGGCCGACGUGCACGACCUCGUCGACUGGAAGGACAGCGUGGCCAAGGACGUGGACGAGCUCAAGGCCUGGAAAUCGACCGUCUCCGGCAAGCUGGACGACCUGAUCAAGGAGAACCAGGAGAUGAGGCAAGUGGAGCGUCGAGGAGAUGCGGGGCGUGCAGGAAACGCUGCAGAACAAGGAGCUGGCGGUGCUGUCCAUCAGCCUCUUCUUCGCGUGCCUGGCGCUCUUCAAGCUGGCGUGCGACCGCAUGCUCUGCCUCUUGGCCGGCAAGGGCAGCAGGGAGGAACCCGACGCGGAGGAGCACGCAAGGAGCAGCAGGGCGUGGAUGCUCGUGCUCGCCAGCAGCAGCUUCACCACCCUCAUCGUCCUGCUCUACAAUUGAAACUAUACCACCUUCAUCGUGCUGCUCUCUACAACUGA